AUGGUGUUAGCCGGAGUGAAGGCCAGGAGCGGCAGAAAAGGAAGGUGGUGCAGUCCAGGGUUGACAGAGUUCGAGGACACGCCCACCAGUCAGCUGACCAUCGAUGAGUUCAUGAGAGUGGAUCUAGAGCAGGAAUGUGAUCCCCCGUCCUUCACAGCCAAUCAGCACAAGACCAGGAUGAUCCAGCUGGAACAAGAGCUGAGCAGGAAGCUGAACGAGGUCGAAGGGGAGAUCAGCUGUUAUCAGGAUGAGAUCGAGACGGAGCUGGAGAAGAGCCGACCCAAGCUGAGAGGAAUCUACGCUGCGUACACCAAAGAAAUCGACCCUCAGGACGAGGAGUGCGUGACCUCUGAACCCGACGAGGUGGAGGUGGAAGACGACGAGCUCCAGGCCGCCACCGAACACCUGACUCAAGACUUCCUGUGUCAUGUAAUCCAGGAGGAGGAGGCGCGAGGCAAAAAGACUGACGAUGUCGUCAGUGAGAAGGAGGCGCAGCCGGAGGGGGAGGGGCCUCCUCGCCAGCCCCCCCCCCUGGCUGUCAUUCUGGGGACGUUGCCCAGGGCAACCAGCCUGGGCCUCCAGCAGAACCUCAGCACCUUCAGCAAGCUAGAAACAGACGGCCAAGACGAUGAGCCGUCUGAGAGCGGAGAUCUGGAUCUGGACGGCAUCGAUGAUCAGGAGAUCGAGAAGUACAUCCUGAACGACACCGAGGUUCAGCUGAAGACGGAGCUGUGGAUGCAACAGAACCAGGAAUACCUGAAGGAGCAGAGCGAGAAAGAAGAACGGAUCAGAAAAGAGAAGGAACGAGGAACGUAUAAAGAGAAGCCCAAGAAGUCAAAGAAGAAGAAGGAGCUGAUGGAAGCGUCCACAGCCAGCGAGGCCAUCGAGAAGAUGUUGGAGAAGAAGAAGAUCUCCAGUAAGAUCAACUACGAGGUCCUCAGAGACCUGAACAGCCGGGGGACAGGAAGUGGGGGGGGCAGCAGUCCCCCCUCCGACCCCCCCGACUGCGCCACACAAAAACCACUCAGUCGCCGCCGCCGCAAGAAGACCACCAGCAGCAACCUGGAGCUAGCUAACACUGCUAGCAUGAUGGGAAAGAGGCUCCGCCCCCUCCUGUCCUCCACAUCAAAGAAGAAGAAACAUGGGUCCCAGGCAGAAACUGCUGUUACCAUGACAACCAAUAGCACAGCAGAGGUCACCGCUGAGCCGACCUCUGACCCCGAGCCACUUCCUGAAACGGAGCACUGUCCUGCUCCAGUGGAGGAGGAAGAGGAAGAGGAAGAGGAGCAGGAAGUGGAGGAGGAAGUGGAGGAGGAGUGUGUGAGCGCUCUGCAGCUAGUAGGAGACUACGGCUGUGAAGCAGAAGAGGAGGAAGUCUUCUAAAUCCGUCCUGAUGACCUUUGACCCCAG